UACAACAAACCAAUAAAAGCCCUAAUUUCUUCGCUAGUUGUGGUAGAUAAAAAGGAUAGACGAUUUUUUGCAGAAACAGUAUAGUUGGCAGUCAUGAUUUUUAUUUUUUGAUUGGUAAAUUCAAUAAUUUUUUUAAUCAUAUUGUCUGUGAAAAGCAAAUUCCAUGCUUCCAAAACAUUUUUUGCUGGAUUUUGCCUUGCCUCUCCAGCCAAUCCAGGUAAUAUUUUUAUUAUAUUUUCCGAUGUUGUUCUGCUUCUUGUAGGCUCUUGUUUUGACCAAAUCGUCUUAUCUUUUCCAUGCCAUGAGCCCGAUCUCUUCUCUUUUUCCGAUGUGGAUAUACUUGGAGGGACUUCAAUAAUUUCUUCAUCCUGGUCGAAGUCUGAGUCGUCUCCGGAGCUCCAUGAAAAUUCACUUUCUGUGUCAUGAUCGCUUAAAACCUCAUUAUCUUCUUCCUCUUGAUCACUUUGAUCAUUUGAAACUACAAUAUCAUUGAACUCUGAUGGAAGCAGUGCAGCUUGGGUUGUAAUGUCUUGGUCAUUCCAAAAAUGUUCAUCUUCAAAUAAGUCUUCUAUGUCUUUAUCAGUCAAAGCAUAAUUUUUUAAAGCCAUAUUUCUUUCUAAAAUUAAAAAAAAAAACAUAAAAAUUAAACAAAAAAAAUUAAAACUUACCAAACCAGAAAUUGUAAAGUAAUUACUAUGCGUGGGUCCCACAGACCCGUCGACACUAAUAACUCGAAAUUCGAUACGUCCACUUUAACAACAGAUUCACGACUGAGCACAGUACACAGAGGAAAAUAGUAGGGAAACGCAAACCUAACUGCCAAAAAACAAUUGUUCCAAUUCACAGCCGCAGGAUGGCGCUGUUAUGGCUAAAAUAUUACAAAAUUCUGUAUUGCAUUAGUUACGUUAUGGCGCCACAAGAUGUCGUAACAUGCAGCUAAAUAUUAUUUUAGGGAUUCCCAGUCGCGAUUUUAAUAUUUUGAUAUUCCGAUUUUCUGAUAGUUUUAUUGCGGUUGUGUUAAUUAGUUUGUUUUGUAUAUUAUAGUGCUACUUCUAUAAUAGGUAGUGCUAGCUGUGCUAGUGACCCUAUAGUGCCCUGUACUAUUUAUAAUUUGACUAUUAUUAUUGGCAAGAGGUGGGAUGGAGGAGGAGGAUCACAGUUUUCAGAAUAACCCUCCCAAAAGGAUAAAACAAAGACCAUGUUGUGUUCAGGGAUGUACAGAUUUCUCUAGUAAGCGGCAUCGGUUUCCGAAAAACAAUCGCAGGCUCCUAAGGGCUUGGAUAAAAGCUGUAAGACCAAAACAUUGGGAUGUUUUAACUGCAACUGAAAUAUAUGAUAGAUAUUUAGUUUGUAAUGCUCAUUUCUCCAGAGAAGAUUGUGUGCCAGGCACAGUUCGAGGUCUUAGAAUUAAUGCAGUCCCUACUAUUAAUCUACCAGUGGGUCAGGACAUCGAAGUAAGGGAUGAUUUGUUUGAAAAUACAGUAAUGUCAAUUGAUUGUGACAGUUCAUCUAUGGGAAUAGAUCUUAUAACACUACCAGAUCCCAUACUUAGCCAAAAUUACUCUUUAACAAAUAUUAGUGAACAAGAGAAUAGGCCCAUGUCUGCUUCCUUUACUGAUUUAGGAAAUACUUUUGCCUGCAUGCCUGUUUAGAGUUCAAAUCCAGUUAUAGCAGGUAAGUGGUGUCCUCACUGUC